UAGUGAAGGAGGAGAGUGAAGAUGGGGAGAAACGUCAUGUCGAAAGAAAAAACAAAACUCAAUCAGAACAUAAUAUCUUAAUGAAAAGGUCAGCCACAGAACGUUUCGUCUGCAGUAAGUGUGGAAAGAGUUUUGAGCGCAAAUACCAUCUCAAGCUUCACAUGAGGAUCCACACUGGAGAGAAACCUUACAAGUGUUCACACUGCGAGAAGAGAUUCGUUGAUCCCAGAUACCUAAAAAUACACGAGAGUCUUCACAUUGGAGAGAACCUGUGUCACUGCACUGUUUGUGGGAAGAGUUUCACAAAAUCAUCCUCUCUACGAAGACACAAAGUAAACAUCCACAACCUUACUGAGAAGGACGAAAGUGAAGCCCUGAAGGUCCGAACAAAGGAGAAAACGUAUUUAUGCUUUUGGUGUGGGAAGAGUUUUACACAGCAUUCAGUUUUAAAACAACAUGAGAGGAUUCACAGCGGAGAUAAACCGUUCUCAUGUACUUUAUGUGGGAAGAGUUUCAUUCGCUCAUCGCAUCUUAGUCGUCACAUGCUGAUCCACACUGGAGAGAAGACACACAAGUGUGAUCAGUGCGGCAAAAUGUUUUUUAAUGCUUCAGAUCUGAAGGACCAUCUUAGAGUUCACACCAAGGAGAAGCCUUACUCAUGUUAUUUGUGUGGAAAGAGUUUUAACCAUCGGUCACAUUUAAAAUACCAUCAGAAGAUCCACUUUGGUGUGAAGGAGCACGCGUGCCUUGAGUGUGGGAAGAGUUUUGUUAGAUCUGGAGAAUUAAAACAGCACAAGAUGAUUCACACUGGAGAGAAACCGUUCACAUGUACUCAGUGUGGGAAGAGUUUCACACAAUUAUCCAAUAUUAAAAAGCACAUGAAGAUUCACAAUGGAGAGAAACAACGACAUGUGAUCAAUGCAGCGAAGCAUCUUUGACUGCUUCAGAACUGAGGAUCCAUCUUAGAGUUCAUACAAAGGAGAAGAUGUAGUCAUGUUGUGUGUGUGAAAAAGUUUCGGACAGGGUUCCUACAGGUCAGGAAUUUACUUUAAAUAACAUGGAAAUCUCAAGUCAUGAAAAAGUCCAGAAUCUUUAGUUUGUUGCUUGUUUUAAUGCGUAGUUUACUAUGUUUAGUCGAUUUUUCUUGUUUCAAGAGUUCACACUUAGAUAUUGCUUGAUUAUAUUAGCAGUUUUGGCAUGGAGAACCCUGAGCUCGGAGAUAAUUGAGCCCAGGGAGAGCAGGUAGUUCUCGAGAGCUCCCCCUAAUAAAAGGGGGGAGAUUGGGUGGAUGAGGGGAUUCUUCAGAAAACGAAGGGAGUAAAUCUAGACAGGCUAUUUAUAGUGGGUUUGGAUUCAUCUGAUUGGCUCACUAAUUAUUAUGGAUGGGAGACCAGCGAUGAUCAAUCAUGUCACAUGUUCCUCUUGAAAUAAGUUUGAGAAACCUCACAUAAGCGAAAGUGAAAGUGAUGCUCUUCAUUCAUUCAUUUUCUUUUCGACUUAGUUCCUUUAUUAAUCUGGGGUCGCCACAGCGGAAUGAACCACCAACUUAUCAGUAUAUGUUUUACGAAGCGAAUCCCCUUUCAGCCGCAACCUUACACUAGGAAACACCCAUGCACUUGCAUUCACACACAUAAACUAUGGCCAAUUUAGCUUAUUCAAUUAUACUAUACCACAUGUCUUUGGACUCUGUGCGAAAGCAGAGCACCCAGAGGAAACCCACAUGAACACGGGGAGAACAUGCAAACUCCACACAGAAAUGCCAACUGACCCAGCCGGGACUCGAACCAGUGACCUUCUAAAGUGAUGCUGUUAGGAAAGCAAAACAUCAUCAACUGGCAGUCACUGAAGUCAAUUGCAGUCAUCAGACUUUACCUCUUAACUAAGCAAAACUUGUCAGGAUAAUAUAAAUGUAACACUUUGCCUUCAAAAUGACCACCUCAAAGACUGUCACAGGAGAGAACCCACCCUGAGCUCGGAGAUAAUUGAGCCCAGGGAGAUCGGUUAGUUCCUGAGAGCUCCCCCUGGUAAAGGGGGAAAUGGGGGAGAUUGGGUGGAUGGGGGAUUCUUCGGAAACCGAGGAUAAGGAAGUCAUUCUAGACAGGCUAUUUAUAGUGGGUUUGGAUUCAUCUGAUUGGCUUACUAAUGAUUAUGGAUGGGAGACCAGCGAUGAUCAAUCAUAUCACAUGUUCCGCUGGAAAAAAGUUUGUGAAACUUCAUAUAAGUGAA